AUGGACACACCGUUCCCUUUUCUCAAACUUCCGGAAAAUGUAAUGGCAAAAGUUAUGAUCGAAAUUGAUCCAGUACAAAUAUUAAUUUUCGCGUUGAAGUUCCAUGCAGUGAGAGAGGCGAUGAUUAAAAACAAAAUAUUGUUCAAAAUCAAGUCUGUGAAAUGGGUUCUGAGCGACGACACCAUUGCCUCGCUGGUUAUUGAAAUGGAAGGCAAGAAGAUUUACAUCAGAGUGGACGCCGACGAAAAUUUCGAUGAAAGACAUCAGAGUCGAAACGAACAAAUUCCUUUGAAGUCGGUUUCUCUCAAAGACAUUCCGGAAAACGACCUCGAUUGGCAUAUGAGAGUUACAAAUAUCUCGGAAGUGUUGGCCAGUGCUGAGGAGGAAGUCGAAAAUCCCGCCGAAUUUAUCGAUCUUCAAAUGGUUAGUGUUCACGGGAUGAAUAAUUUGUCGAAACUACAGCGUCUCGAAGUCCUGUCUAAAGUUCUCAUGUCUAUCACCGAAGUUGACUCCUUCUAUUUGGCGACAUUCAUCUCCGGAAAAAUGAACUUGUUGGAUUUUUUCAACUGGAAAGUCACAGAGGAAAUGUGCACUUGGGAAACGCCGAAAGCAUUUCGAGAAGUUCAGUUCUAUCCGACACCAUCAGCAGAUCGCCGACAAUUGUUGCGAGAGUUCGCUUAUGUGCAAAGAAAUGUGACUGUAGAAUAUAGUCAACUUCUGGUUACCUAUCCAAUGCAAGGAACAAAGUUUGGCGAACCUCUGACCUCACGGAUUUCAAUCAUUAUGGACAGUGACUUCAUCACUUUAAAGAGUCUUCUCAAUUCCACAUGUGAAGAGAUACACAUUGUCUAUGAAACAUUAAAUGGGUUUGUCAUGAACGCCGUUGUGAGGAAAUGGAUCAGCGGGGAAUUGAAUAACUUGAAGGUCUUCGUUGGUCAAACCUUCAAUUCUUUUAUCAACCGCGAAAGCGUCUUCGAUAAACUAAACCCGAUAGCACCAACAUCCUCAGCUCACCCAAAAUUCGAACCAAUGGAUGGAGAUUGGGACGAGGCCAGAGAUGUGUUCCGUCCCCGUGGCAGCAUGAGAGCUACCAUUGUAUUACAAGAAAAACACUUCAAACUUAUAAUCUGGUGA